ACUCAUUGACGCCUGUCAUCUUUAUAGUCCCACUUGAAGGCAAGGAUCCUCAGCCACCCUGUACUGUCAGCGCUCCAGUCGCCUCUUCGGUUCCGGCCUUCAUCGGGGGCUCUCCGUCGUUGGUCACUGCAACCGUAUGAGGCGUGCCACAAUGGCUAAGACAGUCGGCAUUGUCGGAGCGGGACCAUCUGGCCUCGUGGCUGCCAAGACCUUGCUGCACGAUGUCCCUCCCGGUACCUUCAAUGUAUCCAUCUUCGAAGCCCAGCCCCGGAUUGGCGGGCUUUGGCCCGUCCGCAAAGAUGAUGCAGCCGGCUUGGUCCACCCGCUCAUGGUCGCGAACCAAAGCAAGCACACGGUGCAGUUCAGCGACCUGGCCUGGGAGCCGGACUCGCCGGAAUUCCCUAGGGCCUGGCGAGUCGGCCAAUAUCUUGAGCGAUAUCUCGAAAGGUACUGCCAGGACGUCGAACUGAAGCUUGGCACGCGGGUUGAGGCCGCCACCCCUAUUUCGGCACUCCCCGGUGACGGAAGUCCGCCUACCGGUUGGAGUUUGCUCGUGAAGUCUGCGAGUGGGGAGGUCGAAGAACGGCUGUUCGAUUAUCUUCUUGUUGCUACGGGAUACUUCGGUCGGCCAGUCCUGCCGUCCAUAGGCAAGACAGCCGCCGGGAUACCAACCGUCCACAGCAGCGAAUACCGGGAUCUUCAAGGCCUUCUUGGGAAGGCGGGCGGGAAGGGCGGGAAGAUUCUUGUCGUCGGUGGUCAGAUGUCAGGAGUGGAAAUCGCCGGCACUAUCGCGUCCCAUCUUUCGUCGGCCGUGAACUCUCCCGGGCCCAGCCCGAUUCCCGACCCGGCGAGUUACUCAAUACAUCAUGUCAUCCAGCGACCAGUAUGGGUAUUCCCCCUUCACACAUCUCCCAAGCCGAACUCUCUCGCGCCGCCAUUCGUUCCACUAGAUCUAUCCUCCUACAACCUUAGCAACCGUCCCUCUCCCUUGAUAAACACCCAAGGCCAUAUUAGUCCGGAAGCUGCCCACAUUGCAAACUCGAUCUUUCGAACUGUUCUUGGCACCGACCAGUCGGAAUUCUCGUCGUUCCUCGCCAUGAAGCUCCCGGAGCAUAGUACCCAGCCCUACCUCGCCGUCAGCGACAACUACCUGGAGUUCGUGCGCUCCGGUAUGAUCGAACUCUCUCGAGGGAAGCUGGGGGGGCUGGACAAGCAGACGGCCACCAUCCUGCCUUCCAUGCAGCGCAUCGAUGACAUAGCGGCGGUAGUCUAUGCGACUGGCUUCGACGCGUCCUCAUCAAUCUCGUUUCUGCCGGAAUCAGUUCGUCAGGUGCUAUCAGUUCUCCCCGAAGACCUCAACAACACGGUCGCCCUCGGCUUCCACGGCACCCACCACCCUGCCGUACCGCACCUCGGCUUCGUCGGCUUCUACCGCUCGCCGUACUGGGGAGUAAUGGAAAUGCAAGCCCGAUUCCUAGCAGCAACGUGGUCCGCAGCCGACGGCCCUUCAUCCCCCUCCCUCCCCGCCACGAUCCAAAUCGCCCUCCAAGCAGACAAAUCCAUCGAGCGAACCCUUUCCAUCCGCCAUGACCCGCGCGCCUCCCAGUUCCCCAUGGGCGACUACCCCUUCCUAAUGCAAGAGUUCUCCACAGCCCUCUCCCUACCCCGCCACCCGCCCCUCGGCACGAUGCCCCCGCUCCCGCCCGCCUCCAAGCCCAUGGACAUCCUCACCCCGGCGCGCUACCCACCCCGGUCCCCCUCGGCGGCCCAAUCCGCCGAGACCAGGGAGUCGCUCAGGCAGACCCACGAGACGGCCCUGUCGGCGCUGCGGGGGGGCCGGUUCGUCGCCCGGGCCGUCUUCCGCUCCCUCCUCGGCCGGUGGGCACUCGAGCGGGACCUGGUCAGCAAGCUGCCCGGCCACCCGAGCGGCCACUUCAGCGGCACGGCGACGUUUUCGCCGCGGGACGCGACGGCGGACGGGAGGGCCGCCGAGGCUGAUGGUGUUGACGGGCCCGGGCUCGAGUACCUGUAUGUUGAGGAGGGCGAUUUCCGGGCGGCGAAUGGGUUGACCUUUCGGGCCACGAGGCGCUAUGUUUGGCGGUACGACGAGAGGCGCGAUAAGUUGAGCGUGUGGUUCGUGAGGACGGAUGAUCAGAAGAGGGCGGAUUAUCUGUUUCACGAAAUCGAUUUCAUCGUCCCUGAAGAGCCGCGAGAUGACGACGAGAGCGACGGCAGGGGGUGGGAGGCCAAGUCGGGCCAUCUCUGUGAGGCGGACAUGUAUAACGUGAAGUAUGAGUUCUGCUUUAGGGCUGUCAACCUCCAUGAGUGGAGGAUUGGCUAUACCGUCAAGGGACCAAAGAAGGAUUAUACCAUUGAGGGGGUCUAUCGACGAUAGCGCCAGCAGCUGGCAGAAGACUCGAAUAGAGUAGCUUAGAAGGCCGACUUGGCACAUACACACCUACUUACUGUGGCCGGACUGAGCGCAACAUGGCCCACUGCCCUCUCCAGUACCCUCCCCUAAGAGGCAUGGACAUGUUUGCGAG